AUGGGGCCGCGGUUCAUCUUUGGCCUGACGUAUGCUGCGUACAUUGUGGUCUACUUCACGCGCAAGCCGCUGUCGGUGACCAAGUCGACGCUCACGGCGACGCAUGCGCAUUCGGAGGCCGAGCUCGGGCUCAUCGACACGGCCUUCCUCAUCGCCUACGCGAUCGGGCAGUUUGCGUCGGGCCUCGUCGCGUCGCGCGUCGGCGUCCGCAUCGGUCUCGCCAUGGCGUUCGUUGGCACUGGUGCCUGCGCCUACCUCUUUGGCGCGAGCGACUCGAAGGACGUCCGGGCCGCUGCGUGGUGCCUCAAUGGUGUCUUCCAAGCGCUCUUUUUUCCACUCAUUGCCGACGUGCUCCGGGCCUGGUUUCCGCCGUCGACGCGCGGCCAAGUCAUGGGCUUCUGGACUACGUGCCAGCAAGUAGGCGGCUUCGCCACGAGCGCGUUUGGUGCGUACGUAUUGAGCCAACCUGGUCUCUCGUGGCGCCAUGUGUUUACGAUGCCGAGCUACCUCUCCGUGGCGUUUGCCCUCGUGACACUCACGCUGCUCUCGCCCGCGCCCGCAUCCACCGAGAAGCGCUUGCACAGCGUCUUGCACACGCCGUCCACGUCCACGCCGUCCCUCCGCGAUGUACUCCAGUUGCCGAAUCUUUGGCGCAUUAGCGCCGCGUACUUUUGCAUCAAGCUCGUGCGCUACACCUACCUCGGCUGGCUCCCAUUCUACUUGACCAACGUGCUUGGGUACUCGGCGCCGCAGGCAGUGCUCAUGUCGACCGUCUUUGACCUCGCGGGCACGAUCGGCAGCAUUCUCUGCGGCGUCGUCUCGGACAAGGUGUUUCUCGGCCACAGUGCAAAGGUGGUCGGGCCCAUGUGUCUUUUCUGCGGCGUCACGACGCUUCUGUACCCGCAUUUUGCACCGCUCGGACAAACCGUCAACUUGUUUACGAUGGCGCUUGUCGGGCUCUUCGUCGCAGGACCCGACUCGAUGCUCGGAGGCGCCGCGUGCGCCGAAGUCUGCGACCGCGCGAACGCGCCGACGGCCUCGGCCAUGGCCACAGGUCUCGCCAACGGCAUGGGCUCGCUCGGAGCGAUUGCGUCCGGCAUGCUCCCGAUCCUCAUCAAGGAGUACUUUGGCUGGAACGUCCUCUUCUACGCCAUGGGUCUUCUAGCCAUGCUUGGCGGUCUUCUCUUGCUGCCAAUGAUGCGCCUUCGGGCUAGUAGCGCCACCAAGACCAAGGACUCGUAG